AUGAUUCCUCUGCGUUACGUUGAGCCAUGGCGGCGAGAUAUGGUUAAUCGAAAAAUAAUUUCAAAUAAUGCGUAUCUGGGCGGCAUACCAAAUUUUGAACACGAUGAUAGCCUCUAUUUGAAUAAGCGCGAACAAUUGAGUUAUAAUGUUGAAGAUCGUGAGCGCGUCGAUUCCAAAUAUUAUUUACCAUCGCGCUGUACUCAGUUACAACCUUUAUUUCACGAACCAAUAGAUCGUUUUCGCUCAAGUCUAUUUUCUCGUUAUGCACCACAAUGCACCCGAUCAUCGUCAGUAAAUGAAAUUAAUUAUGAUCACGCGUCCAAAAUCGGAUACGGCGAAGGGAGAAGGAAAUAG